AUCCAUCAGUAACGAAAACGCGAUUCAACUGCGAGCAACAUGCUUCUGAUUAUCUGUCUUGGUAUUGGCCUAACGCUGGCGUUCCUUAGUCUGGGUUUGCUUGUGGUGCUGCCCCUUCUGGGCAUUUUCAUGGUGGUGCUUGGUCUUGGCCUGCUGCUGCUGAGUCGCAAGUCUGUGCUCAUCUUUGGCAAAUAUCCUUGCAAGGGCAUUUUUUACCGACUAAAGUAUCGCAUCGCGCUGCUUGUGCUGCGCCAGCUGCGCUAUCGCAUCUACAAACGCAACGAGGAGGAGCUCAGCUCCGAGUCACAUCUGGCCACGCUUGAUCGGCCCCAACCGCUGACAAACAAUCCAAAGUGCUACGAUGUGGUCAGCUUCAUGGCUGCCAAUGCAGCUGGCGAGAAGCUGAUGAUCUCUCUAGAGCGACGCAGGCGCGGCGUACUGAAAGCUGCGCUCUACCUCUGGCUACCUAGUGGUAAGCUUUAUAUGCUGCCCAAGCUACCUGACAUGGUGCACUUUACCAAUGAUGGCAGCGAGGAAAGCAUCGAAUUUCGUGGCGCUGGCUUUCACAUUUAUCCGGAGCAAUCGAUGCGUCUAUGGCGAAUCAAGUACUUCGGUCAGUUGCGCUGCGAAUCGGAGUUGGUGGAUGUGCAGCUGGAUGUGCAAUUCAAUAGCCAAGCGGAGCACUUCAAUUACAAUCGCGAUCUCAGCUCUUCCCUAAUUGCUGACUCUGUUGCGCGCGAGGCUUGGGACGAAAGCUUCUAUGGCUUGCUCAAGUCGGUCGGCCAUAUUAUUGAGAAGCGCACCCACUAUGAGCAGCACGGUCAGCUGAAGGGCAGCAUUGCGCUAGGCCAGCGAGAACUGCAGUUGGAGUUGCACGGCAUUCGGGAUCACAGCUUCGGCACCGAGCGCUGUCUCAGCUCGAUCAAUCGCUAUGUGUACUUCGCUCUGCUGCUGGAUGAUGGCAGCAGCAUGGUCGUUGGCAAUCUAAGCCAGCCCUCCUUCUUUCUAUCGUCGCUCAAGGUGGGCUACGUGUGCACGUCCGAGGGUGUCUAUCUGCCCAUAACGGCCAGCAAUUUCGAGCUAUACUCCUACGGCGAAAAGGGCAUCCCGCCACAGCAUCAAAACUUUAUAGUGGACACCGCGGAACGUUCGUACCUAGUGCAAAUACGCGUGGAGCACAGUGCCGUGCGCUAUGUGGGUGGCGACUGGGAGUCCAAGGUCUACAAUCAGUUUGUCGCCUGCACCGUGAACGGCAUCGCCGGCCAGGGACAUGCUGAAUACCUCUACAGGCACAAAAUGGGGCGACCAGAUUCGGUAUCCGCCAACGAUCCGGAGUGGUAUCAGCGCAUCAAGAGCUUCGAGCGUAGUCUAAGCAACUUGGACCAAGAAAGCGAAGAGGAUUUUAUAUUCUAAGCAAUUCUUUCAAUUCUUUUAUAUGUAUAUAUAUGUGAAGUUCCUUGUGAUAAAAUAAUGUUACUCUUUAAUCAUAGUGAGUAAAUAAAAAUAAAUAUAUUUGUUUUUAGCCCAGAGACAGACCGAAGCCAUACUCAAAGA